AUGUCUCGUUAUCAUCCUUAUUCAAGAAAUCGCGUAGUAAGAAUAGACAAGAGUGCCGGUGCAGGUGAUCAUGCUCCACAUAUUAAUUUUACUCAUGCUAAUGGUGAUGUUCAAAUUGAACUGAAAAAAGUUAUUCAAUCAGGUGUACAACGGUCAUUACUUCUAACACCAGAAAAGUUCUUUGAAAUUUCACAUAAAAGUGAUGAUAUAUAUGCAGCCGGCAACGCAAUAGCUGAUUACCACGGAAAAAAUAGUGCAACACAACCGCCUAGCGCUGCUGGACCUUUUAAAUUCAUACUUCGUUCUGACUGUGAUAAUGAUAGAUAUGAACAUAUGUAUGAAUGGGAAGUACCGAAUUCACAGCUGAGAGUUAGUGUUCGUAAUCGUCGAAGUGAUGGAAAACGACCAAAAGACGCACAAUUUGUUGUUGAAGUGCGUGUUUUCGGUUCAAAUGGUUUACCAACCGAUGAAGGAAUCAUGAUGGCAUGGCAUAACUUUAAUGGCACCUUUGUUCAUCAUCGACGAGAGCGCAAGAAUAGAAUUCAAGAAAUGCGUCGAAAUGGUGUUUUGAAUCCACUAGAAAACUUGAAUACAAGUAGCACGGCGUCAGUUUCAGCAACCAUAAGUUCAUCCUCAACAACAACAACUCGAAAUAUACCAACAUGGACUAUCAACGAAAAGCAAGCUAAUAACGAUGUGUAUACAUGUGUCAUCUGUAUAGACACGUAUACAAAAGGUGAAACUGUCAAUGGCUUACCAAAUUGUACUCAUUUCUUUCAUUGUAAAUGUAUUCAAGCAUGGUUAGUUGGAAGCAAUUCGUGUCCGACAUGUAGAUCAACAGUUUAA